UGGAGUUGCAGUCCAGUAGAGUGGUAGUAGUAGUCAUUGCAUUGUUCCACAGAAGCAAAACAACGAAGCGUCAAGAAGAAGAAGAAGAAGAAGAUCAAAUAAAGGCGCUUCCUUUCCCCCCAAGCUACUCUCUCUCUCUCUCUCCUGAAUCUUAGACUUGGAUGCUCUACUGUCUCCAUUAACCUUUUCUUCCCAUCCAUAUUCCCACGAGAAAUCUGUAAAAUAUACUAGUAUCAACCUUCCCCAUCACGGAAAAGCACCGCCAAAACACCCAAACCCUUCUCCUAUAAAAUCCCCCCCAAAACCCCAACCCCUCAUUGCAUCCUCUGUUUCACAUUCAACCCAGAGAGAGAGAGAGAGAGAGAGAGAGGGGAAAAGAAAAAGAAAAAAAAAACAGGGGAAAAAAUGUUGCUAUCAGGUUUGUCGAAAUUGCUCUGCAUUCUCCAAUGCAUUUCACUGGCCUUUGCUAUCCUCGACCCAAUCGACUUUUUGGCUCUUCAGUCGAUUCGUAAGUCCCUCGACGACAUGCCGGGGUCCAAUUACUUCUCCACGUGGGAUUUCACCUCCGACCCCUGUAACUUCGCCGGAGUUUACUGCGACGGCAAUAAGGUAAUCGCGUUGAACCUCGGCGACCCGAGGGCCGGCGCGCCGGGCCUCGCGGGCCGGCUCAACCCCGACAUCGGAAAGCUCUCGAAUCUCGCCGAGUUCACCGUCGUGCCCGGCCGCAUCAUGGGCUCGAUUCCGGUGUCCAUUUCGCAAUUGAAUAACCUCAGGUUCUUGGCUAUCAGCCGGAAUUUCAUCUCCGGCCAGAUUCCGGCGAGUCUGGGCCAGCUCCGGGGGCUUCAAACGCUCGACCUCAGUUACAAUCAGCUCUCCGGCACCAUUCCGCCGUCGAUCGGUAACUUGCCGGCGCUAUCCAACGUCAUUCUCGGUCACAAUCAUCUCACCGGUCCGGUCCCUCAGUUUGGUUCACAAUCCCUAACCCGGCUCGAUCUCAAGCACAACAAUUUCACCGGUUCUUUCUCGCCGACUUCGCUCCCUCCGUCGCUCCAGUACUUGUCCUUGUCCUGGAACCGGUUCGAAGGCCCAGUGGACCAGCUCCUGACCCGUAUGAACCGGUUAAACUAUCUCGACCUGAGCAUGAACCGGUUCUCUGGCGUCAUCCCGGGAAGCGUGUUCAGUUUCCCAAUCACAAACCUUCAGUUGCAGAGAAACUCGUUUACCGGUCCGGUUCAACCCGGCAAUCAGGUCUCGAUCUCGACCGUCGAUCUCAGCUACAACAGGCUAUCGGGUCAGAUCUCGCCGAUGUUCUCGACCGUGGAGAAUUUAUACCUGAAUAACAACCGGUUCUCCGGUCAGGUCCCGGGCAGCUUCGUCGACCGGUUGCUGGCCGCGAACAUACAGACCUUGUAUCUACAGCACAAUUUCCUGACCGGGAUUGAGAUCAAUCCGACGGCCGAGAUUCCUGUGAGCAGUUCGCUGUGUUUGCAGUAUAACUGCAUGGUUCCCCCUGUACAGACGCCUUGUCCGUUGAAGGCUGGGACGCAGAAGACGAGGCCUACUGAACAGUGCGUUGAGUGGAGGGGGUAAUUUGGGGAAUUCACUCUCAUAUCAAGGGCAGAAAGGGAAAAAAAAAAAGAUAAGUUUUUUAGUAGUAUAACUAUAGGGUUAUUAUAAUUCAAUGUUUUUUUUU